ACUUAGUAUUGAGGUCUCUCAACCUCCUGUGGAACCUAACAGUUAUGUUUUGUCCCCCACUAUCUUUGAUGAAUUGAGACAGAUUCUGUGUGGAACUUUGAUCAGACACCCCUUAAAGAAGUCUAUUCACAAAACUGCCCAGUACAGUAUCCAGUUGUUUGUCUAUGUUGACUUGAGAACAGAACCUUCAUGGGAAUUUGUUAAGCCUGGAAAAGGGCUCUCAUUCAGUGGUUUUGGGUAAUGCAUUUUCAUAAUAGGCCUUUCCAGACCUGGUUUCUCCCUGACCCUGCUGGAAACCCCACAACUGGCCGCUUGCCCCCAUUCUGGUGCCCUACAUUAUCCUGCCUCCCUCUGUAUACCAGGCCUUUGCUGCUCUUGCUGGCCACGAAGGUUUAAAGAACAUUGUAGUCCGGGCUUUUUUGUCUGACCUUUAACCUAAUCUGUGGGGGUUGGUACCGCCCGCUUCGGGCACGCGCGGGUCGGGCUCGCGCGGUCCAGCUCGCGCAGUGACCGUUGAGGGCUGUGGUGUUUCCGCGCUGCUCGGUGAGGAUAGGGCUGGAGCUUCUGAGUCCCAUGGCCUGUUGGAGCAGGGGCAGGGCAAACGGGUGGGCUAUUGUAGCAUAGACUUGGGGGAGAAGUGUGGGAGGCUGGGGAAAGUGUGACAGAGCCAUGGCAGGAGGGAGGAGGAGCAGGUGGGGGUCUUCCCACUCAGUCCUGCCUGGGAUAACCCCAAGGAAGGUGUGGCAAGUUCCCCUUUCAGGCUGAUUGGCAGCCUCCUCUGUACCCUCAUUCUCAUGUUACUCUGUGCAUUUCCAAUGUAUUACAUAAUAAAGACAUGGUCCCUUUUAGGGAAAAUGUCUGAAAAACUAAGAAGAUGCAGAAAGGAGCUGACCGCAGCCAUUGACCGGGCCUUUGAAGGAGUCAGUCAUUCCCAGGAGUGCACAGGCCUGCAGAAGCUAGAGCCAGGUGCCACAUCGCUUUCCUUCUCCCUACCUAUGCACAGGCUUCUCUGUAGAGGACACCCUCUGGCAGCCUGCUCCUCUACUGCCCUGUUUGCUGCUGCCCCUUGUGCUUCUGAGAAGGAGAACCCUGCCUUUGUGCCAUACCAUGUCCCUGUUAAUGCAAAACCACAUGCUUUAUGCCCCAAAAGAAAACCUCUGGCCAGCAAGGAAAAUGUGUUGAUGCACCCCUCCAUUUUGGCACCUGAAAGACCGUUUUGGAGAGCUGCAGGAGAUGGGGAAAACUGGAGAAAAGAAAGUUUAAGGAAAGAUAUGGAGAGAGAUUUGAAAGUUGACUCAAACAUGCCUCUCAACAAUUCUAGCCAAGAAGUCACAAAGGAUCUGCUGGAUAUGAUUGACCAUACAAGCAUCCGAACUAUUGAAGAAUUGGCUGGAAAACUAGAAUUUGAAAAUGAAUUAAACUGUGUGUGUGGUCACUGCCAAGAUUCACCCUUCAAGGAGGAAGCCUGGGCCCUGCUUGUGGACGAGAGCCCUCAGAAGUCCUCAGAUGUAGACACUGGCAGCCUUAAGCAGGCUUUCGAUGAUCAGAAUAUUAUCGAGACUGUUCUGGAUUUGGAAGAGGACUACAACUUGAUGACCUCUUUUAAAUACCAAAUUGAGUAAGGAGAGUUGCUUUUAGCUUUGAUUCUUUACAGUAGAGGCUGCCAUCAGGUACUCUAUGCAGAAGCAGCCACAGUGAUCAUCAGGAGCUGCAUUUUCAGAGGGCCGGCAGAAGCUGAAUUACCACACCCUUUUUUUAACUUCAGUUGUGUCGCUUUUUGGGCUGAGAGCCCAGUUUUUGUAUUCUGUUGCUUUGAGAUAUUUCAUAUUGUUAUAUAUAUAUUUUUUUUACUCAGUGUUUUGUUUUUGAUUAAUACUCAGUAUACCUAGUCCUAAAGGUAGGUAUGGGUUGUAACUCUGUUGCAUCUCUUGGUAUUCUUUUGCCUGGGCCCUUGAAAAAGUAUGGGAGCUAUAACCAGAAUGGGCUUUGUGCAACCCCUGGUACCAGCCCACCCCUAGACCAGCUCAGCCUAUGCAGAAAAAUCCACAACAAGCUAGACUUUGGUGUGGAUGCUCUGAUCCCCUUACAUAUUUGGCUCCCCUUGCACACAUAGCUCCCUGUUUCUUACAUAUGCCCCAUGGCCUCUUCAUGUCCCAAACUACCUGCUCAGUUCAGAGAGUAGCCUCUGCAGAGGUUUCUUUCUGGCGUCAGAGUUGCUGGCAGAUUCCCUCCUAACAGGACGUUCCCAUGAGGCCUCCCUACCAUGUACCCCCACACAGACACCUUGGCCCCAGAUGAGGGUAGGAGGAGAGGGAUAGAUACAGGAUCUGUACCUACAUCUCAUCCAUCCAUCCCUCUGCAGGUCUGGCUGCCAUGGGUGGAUUCCAUGGCAGUGACCCUGCUGGGCCAAGACAGGGCAGUGAAUGAAGGAGGGGCCAGGCUCCUGCACUCCCGAGGUCAGCCUAACAGCAAAAGCAUAGCAGGGCUGAACUCCGAUGCCACCCCUAGAAAAAAAAGACAUCACCAGAAACUAUUUGCACAAAAUUUCAAAACCAUGUCGUCUUCUCAGGAAAACUAAUAAACUGUUGGGCAAGUUUUUAUAUUUCCCAGAAACUGAGUCUCAGGGACAUGCCUAUCUUCCCAGCUAAUAAGGGAAGAUGGGACUGGGGAGGCUGGCACUGUGUUGAACAGAUCAGAACUUGGGAAAAGGCCGGUGGCUGAGUUACUGCCCACUAAGGGAAGAUGGGACUGGGGAGGCUGGCACUGUGUUGAACAGAUCAGAACUUGGGAAAAGGCCGGUGGCUGAGUAACAGCCCACUAAGUCAGCUUCUAGGCCAGUGACCCUGGAAUAGGUCUAAUUAGUAGACUACAGUCACAUACUUUCACCACAAAUCUGGUGAUUCUUUGGGCGUGAAGGCAGAGAUCACAGACACACUAAUCACUCCUUAGUAGAGUUUAGCCCAGCACCUGACUGUACCCUUAAAACUAUGGUGCAGCUGGACUCUGGCCACUUUGUACUUUUGGCCUCCCUAGUGGGUGUUCAUUUGUUGCCACCCACUUAUAGCCACUGGCACUGCCUUGCUUGGGGCAGGAGAAGAGGACAGGCUAGCUAACCAGAGGCUCUUCUUAGGCUACUUGCCACUCAGUGCCUACAGAAGGCAGCAUGCUCAAUAAGCACUCACAGCCUGUGGAGUUGGAGGUCAGGUUCUUAGUGCUCACAGCAUCCUUGGCUGCCCUUGCUUAGGUGAAGAAUGAAUGAUCUGAAUAGAUGUCAGGCCAUUUAAUUUCAUAAAAGCAGAUCUCAAACCAGCACAUAUGAACACUCAUAGAGGAGGAGGAGCUCAAUUACCUUACCCUACCUCCUUACCCCCCUACCACCUCUUAUGGUUGAGCUGGACUUAGUGACUUUUUCCCAAUAUCUAAAGGAAAGAAAAAUCGUAAAGGUACAGUAGGAAGCCUGAAGGUACCACCUUAACCAAGUGAUUUAACAUCAAUGGUGUCGUAGAUGUCACACAUACCCCAACAGGAUGUAAAGAGUGCUUCACCUUAUGGUAUUCACCAAAACCUAUAUCCCCAACCAGUGCGUCACCAUGAGACAAAUGUCAGAUAACUAAAAUUGGAGGACAUGCUACAGGAUCCCCCUGGCCAGAACUCAAGUCAAGGUCAUAGAAAACAAGGACUCAAAAACUCUCACAAAUAAGUAGGUAUUAAAGAGAGACAAUGACUAAACAAAAUGUGCAAUCCUGGACUGCAUCCUAGAACAGAAAGAGGACAUUAAUAGAAAAACUGACGAAAUCCAAAUGUCAAAAUGUCAAUUUCCUAGUUUUGACACACAUACCACAGUUUUAUAAGAUGUUAGCCCUGGUGAAAGGUAUAUAUGAGCUCAUAUCUUUGUCAAUUUUUCUGUAAGUCUAAAAUUAUUCCAAGUUUUUAAAUGUUUUUAACAAAAAAUUGCAAUAGAUCCCAGGUCUUUGAGAAUAUGUAUGAUCAAAACCCUGUUAUGAGGGGCAAAAAGGAGUAUAGUCUUUUUUGUAUUUUCUAAUUUAUCUCCAACCUGUAUCACUUCUGUAAAAAGAAAUUAAAGCUUUUUGGUUUUGCUUUU